GCAGCUUGAUAACGAUUGCCGUCAUGAAAACAUCGUGCCAGAUCGCCAGAUCGCGAGCAGUUUGGGUUCAAAUAAACGACGAAAGAACACUGCGAAUGGCUCAUUCCUAGAGAUUAAAAUCCUCCAAAAUUAGUUGUAGUCAGAUUCAAAUCUCACUUCUAGUUAUUCCCUGAGGUUGUAAAGGAAAAAGGAUAAAGCUAUCCUCUAUUUUGUUCAGGAUUUCCGGAAACUUUUGUACAAGUUUUGUUUUGUUUGAGGAAAGUUUGCGUAGUUUUGGUGUGGAAUGGCGGAUAACCCGGCGAAGCCUUCUGAGGCGGAGGAGCCGCCCGCCGCCGCCGCCGGACAGCCUUCUUCGGUGGGAGAAACUGGUGGAGGCGGCGGUGGUUGGGGCGGUUGGGGUUUUUCACCGCUGUCUUACCUAUCAGAUCUUCAGAAAGUUGCUGCUGUCGCCGCUGAGGAGAUCUCUCGUAAUGCUGUUGAGGCAGCUAGGACAGCAGCAAAGAGCAUUUCGGAUACUAUCGCUGAAGAUUCAGAAUCUUCUCAGGAGGAUGGUACGGAAGCAUCUGCUGUUAAAGAGGAAAGUGAUGACGAAAGCAAUGAGCUGCGCAAAGCAGCUCUUGACAAACUAGAGAAAGCCAGUGAAGAUUCCUUUCUUAGCCAGGGUUUAAGGGCUCUUGAUACUUCAGUAGAAUCAUUUACUUCAGGAGCUUGGCAAGCCUUGGGAACUGCAUGGAAAGAAGGAGCCAAUUUAGUUCACAAGAUUGAGGAUUCAGCUUCAAGUUUUACUGGAUCAACUGAAGAUGGUGGUCUACCAGGGCCAACUAGUUCUCUUGCACCUUCUCUGUUAGAGACAGGAAAAGCUUUUACAGCAAAGGGUAUGCAAGUGCUAGAGCUAGUGGGAAAAGAAACUAUGGAUCUUUUAAUUUCAGAGACUGGGAUUCACGCUGAGAAAAAUUCAAAGAAAAGUGAUGGACUGAUAGAUGAUGAUCAACUGUUUGAAGAAGUUACAUUUGACAGAUGCUUUUAUAUCUAUGGAGGUCCAGAGCAAUUGGAGGAGUUGGAGGCAUUGUCCAAUCAUCAUGCGCUAUUAUAUAACCGAAGAAAAGCUAAACUCUCUGCUGAACAAAAAUCUACAUAUGAUGGAAAGCUUAAAGAAGUCCAACAGAUCUUCAGCUUAAGUGCUGAAAUUGAUGGUAACAUAUACUUAGAAAAAGGGAAGAAAAUAGAGGCUGGAGAUAAUGACAACAUUGAUCAAUUAAGAAAUUUGAAUGAUUCCAGUGUCCGCAAGGCUGCUGAAUUGGCUGCAGGUUUUGCUAAUGCUUUGGUUGGGCUGUCUCCAAAUGACAUAAUUCAGAGAACCUCUGGGAGGCUUGAUUCUCUUCAUUCAGAGGGUGUUCAUAGACUUUCUGAAAUGUGCUGUUGUUCGGUAUCUCAACUGCUGAUGCUUGGGAAAUCCAUCAUAUCUAAUGCCAACAAAGUGCAAGACCAAGAGAUUGAGGAGGAAAUUGGGUUGAUUGAUUGGCCUGAGGAUUCUGUGGAAAAGGCUAAAAUAAUCAGAUCGAAGGCACAAUCUAUGACUGGAAAUAUGGAAGCUGUUUUCAAUAGUUUCAUUACUGGUAUAUCAGAUGUAGCAGAAGCUUAUCAAUCAGCUAUUAAAAGUGCUGCUACGGAUUCUCAAGAAGUUGUCACUCAGAAAUCUGUUCAAGAAAAGGCCAGUGCAUUUACUGAAAGUCUCCGCUCCGGUCAUACUACAGCGUUGGGUAAAAUGCAGGACGGGCUGCAAUGUUUGACCUUUGUGGUUCUUUCUACCUCGAUACCCAGUUCUUGAAAGUUGAAAUAGAUUAUCUAUUUGCUGGUGCAUACAGAUAAUCUUAUUAGUUUAUUAUUUGUAAAUAAUCUUGGUUUAUUUUUCUGGUUGAAGGUUCGUAUCGAACCCAAAAAUAAGGUUACUUUCUACUUUGCUAUUGGCAUUUGGCUGUUCGCAUCCCGCCUGUUUUUGAAGGGAAACUAUACACUCAGGAACACUUGUUAGUGGAACCAUUUUUUUAACAUUUAA